CCGUCCAGCAACAAAAGGAAGAAAGACCUCAGACUCAACUAUCGAAGUCUGAAUAACCUACCAGACUUGAAAGUCUAACCAUGACAGCAGCGGUAGCGGCGGCCACCGUCUUAAUCGCUCGAAUUCCGGCCACCUCGACCACCACCAAUCCUCGCUGCUCUGCUUUGCCUUAUCUUCCUCCUCGCCUCUCCUCCACGCCGCCUUUCUCUACCCAUGUCAAGCAAUUUCCAGAGUCCCGGAAAUACUUGCUUCAAACCAGAGCUUCUUCAGAGGAAACAUCUACUUCAGAUCCGAGUGAGUUUUUCACAGAUCUGAAGCAGAAGUGGGAUGCGCUUGAAAAUAAAUCCACAGUCCUUCUUUAUGGAGGUGGGGCUAUUGUUGCUGUUUGGCUAUCUGCAACUAUUGUAGGUGCCAUCAACUCGGUUCCCUUGCUUCCAAAGAUUAUGGAGCUGGUAGGGCUAGGUUACACUGGAUGGUUUGUCUACCGCUACGUUCUGUUUAAGUCUAGCAGAAAGGAAUUAGCUAGCGACAUCGAGGAGAUCAAGAAGAAAGUCACUGGAACUGAAUAGAAGUGAUAUGGCGAGUGGCAAGUGAAGUUGAAAUUCUUUUAUGAUCAUUUGUUUUUUUUGUGCUUUAAGAGGCGUUUGCAUCGUUCGAUGAUAAAAUAGAGUUCCUCUCGACCUCUAUCACUCUUGUAUCAAGCUAACUUGUUCUUGAAAUGUGUAGCAACUCUUAAAAGUAUGGUUAUGGCCGAAAACCAUAAUUGCUUCUUGUUCAA